GUCAUCUUUGUGUUUCCUGAACGUGGAAUCUACGAGGGCUGUGGGAGUUUCGCGCUUCCUUGCCCCGGGUUCAGCCGAGGGAGGAUGUGGCUCGGCGUCCCGCUGCCCGUAGUGGAAAGGAGCAACGAAGCGAUAGGGAUGCAAGGGGAGCCAAGCCCUAGUCCCUCCCUUAUUGACAGAACUAUCAAGAUGAGAAAAGAAACUGAAGCUAGGAAAGUGGUUUUAGCCUGGGGACUCCUGAAUGUAUCUAUGGCUGGAAUGAUAUAUACUGAAAUGACUGGAAAAUUGAUUAGUUCAUAUUAUAAUGUGACAUACUGGCCUCUCUGGUAUAUUGAGCUUGCCUUUGCAUCCCUCUUCAGCCUUAAUGCUUUAUUUGACUUUUGGAGAUACUUCAAAUACACCGUGGCACCAACAAGUCUGGUUGUUAGCCCUGGACAGCAAACACUCUUAGGGUUGAAAACAGCUGUUGUCCAGACUACCCCUCCACAUGAUCUGACAGCAACCCAGAUCCCUCCAUCUCCACCGUCCCCUUCAAUUCAGGGUCAGAGUGUGCUGAGUUACAGUCCAUCUCGUUCACCCAGUACCAGUCCCAAGUUCACCACCAGCUGCAUGACUGGAUACGGCCCUCAACUGCAAGGUCUGUCCUCAGGUGGCAGUGGUUCCUAUAGCCCUGGAGUGACCUACUCACCCAUCGGUGGUUAUAAUAAGUUGGCAAGCUUCAGUCCCUCUCCUCCUUCUCCUUACCCUGCCACUGUUGGGCCAGUGGAGAGCAGUGGGUUGCGGUCUCGCUACCGGUCUUCACCCACCGUCUAUAACUCACCUACUGACAAGGAAGACUACAUGACGGACCUCCGGACUCUUGACACCUUUCUUAGAAGUGAAGAAGAGAAACAGCAUAGAGUGAAGCUGGGGAGCCCAGAUUCGGCCUCUCCUUCCACCAGUCCCACGUUCUGGAACUACAGUCGCUCCAUGGGGGAUUACGCCCAAACUUUAAAGAAGUUUCAGUAUCAACUUGCCUGUAGGUCUCAGGCCCCGUGUGCUAACAAAGAUGAAGCUGAUCUCAGUUCUAAGCAAGCUGCAGAAGAGGUUUGGGCAAGAGUGACUAUGAAUAGACAGCUUCUUGAUCAUAUGGAUUCCUGGACAGCUAAGUUCAGAAAUUGGAUCAAUGAGACAAUAUUAGUGCCACUUGUACAAGAGAUUGAGUCUGUCAGCACGCAGAUGAGACGAAUGGGUUGUCCAGAACUACAAAUAGGAGAGGCUAGUAUUACUAGCUUGAAACAAGCCGCCCUGGUCAAGGCCCCUCUCAUUCCAACCUUGAAUACAAUUGUGCAGUAUCUAGACCUUACACCAAAUCAGGAAUAUUUGUCUGAAAGGAUCAAAGAACUUUCUCAGGGAGGUUGUAUGAGCUCAUUUAGAUGGAACAGAGGUGGAGAUUUCAAAGGACGAAAGUGGGAUACGGACCUGCCCACUGAUUCUGCUAUCAUCAUGCAUGUAUUUUGCACCUACCUUGACUCCAGAUUACCUCCACAUCCAAAGUACCCUGAUGGAAAAACAUUCACUUCUCAGCACUUUGUUCAGACACCAAAUAAACCAGAUGUUACAAAUGAGAACGUUUUUUGCAUUUAUCAGAGUGCUAUCAACCCUCCCCAUUAUGAGCUCAUCUACCAGCGUCAUGUCAAAAAUCUCCCAAAGGGCAGAAAUAAUAUGUUUCAUACAUUAUUAAUGUUCCUCUACAUCAUAAAGACCAAAGAAUCGGGAAUGCUUGGGAGAGUUAAUCUUGGCCUAUCCGGUGUGAAUAUUUUAUGGAUUUUUGGCGAGUAGUGAGUCGUUUAAUUCCAAACAUUUGGACUUUGAUUUUACUGAACCAGAAGGAGUUGAAUAUAAGCAUUUGAGUCACUGCCGCUUCUGAAAUAAGAUACAUGUGUGUUUCUGUUAAGACUCUUCAGGUUUAAUGAAAAAUCAGCUAUUGUGAAACCUUGUAAAACUAUAUCCUCUAUCUUUUAUACCAAGGGAUAUUACCUUUGAUUUUAUAUCACAUUUCAGACAUUUCAUUUGACUUAAAACUGCAACCCUUUGAAUUUGUGUUUAUGCAGAUCGGUGCAGUUCUCCCUUAACUAAAUAAAUGUAAGAGGCCUUCUCAUUGUAUCUCCCAGACAAGAAUCAUCCACCCAGGUCUUCCAUCACAAAAAUGUUCUCUUAGUCAUGUUAUAUGCAAUACAAGUAUGUGCAACAUAAACCAUGUUAUAUGCAGUUUAAGUAAUUUUUAAAAAAGAUCGUUGCCAAUUUAGUUUUUUAUCUCUGUAUUUCCCUGGUGUUCUUUAAGAGGGCCUAAAACCAGCAUUCAAAGCAGUGAGAUUAAAUCUUCUAAGUAAUAUAUUAGUCCAUGAAUAUUUUUAAAUGCUAUUAAAAGAUGUUUGACAUUAUUGGCCUUUAAAAAAGUCAACUCUUGAAUUAAAUUAACUAGUAGAAUUAAAUUGAGUUUCAGUUAAGAAUCUGAGCCCAUGAAGAAAACUUCACUGCUUUGCUUUUAGCAACUCAGUGUCACUACUCCAUAAUAGAGUUCCCUUCUUUCAGGUACCUGAGUUUUUUACAUACGUUCAGACUGUCUGGAGUGUAUGAAGUUACCAAAUUUGUAAGUUUUGCUUGACUCUUAUCUUUCUGUGUAUGUGAUAGCCAGCAAUUGUAUUUAUUUUUUCUUUAUUGACAUAUUAUUAGAGACUAUUUCCACAGCUUAUGUAACCUUGGGAACAGGUAAUACCACUCACUUGUCUUCUAAAUAACUCUAUGUCAGUAUUGUAUGUACACCCCAUUUUGUAUAAUUUGUAAACUGUUCUUCAGAAGUUCGUGUUUUUUAAAAGUUGAUGUCCAGAGGAAAGGAACUUGCUGUCUUUUAGCUGUUGUUAAGUAUGUUUGGUGUGCUGUUUUAGAAAAAAAUACCAGUUCAUUAUGUUAAAUAUAAUAACGUGUUACAAUUUAAAUCUGUUGGAUCAAAAGUUGUUGAUGAUGCCAUGGACUAGCAGUUGCUAUGCUGUUAAACUGUGCGGUUGCAUGUACUUUAUUAAAAACACUCAGAAAAUUUAAUAGGACUUAA